AUGGACAAUGACGAAUUGUCAAGGGUUCUGUCUUUAUACCGAUUUGUCAUUCCAUUUGGGUGUACCCCAAGAUCGGACUAUGCUACCGUAGAACAACUCUGCGAAGCUUUGCGUGCCCCUGGACCAGAAUCCGGUCACAUGUAUCUCUUCAGUCUUUCAGAGGGAGUGGUCCAUGACCGCUACAAGCGCCGUAUUGUGGGGUACAGUGAACGGUCACUUGAGCUGUUCGAAAAGAGAACAGAACAAUGUUUCUUUGCAGUCUCCAUCACGUCUCUCUGGCAGUUAAUGCAUUUCACCAAACGGCCAAGUGGACCGAAGCAUGAUGGUACCGGUGGCAUAAGUCAAGACUUGGCUCCAACCAUUAUCACCGGUGGGCUCUCACAGAAGUACAGAGAUGAUCAGUCCAAGGUGACAUUCUCAUUGAGACCGUUCUCUUUCAUGAAAGGAUCCGAAGCCAUCCCUCCAUAUCUUUUGCACUUGUAUUGCUUGCGCGAAUUAUGUUUUCAGCUAUUUGGUACAAGCUUUACAAUUGAAUGUGGCACCUCAGAUCACUCUGCUGCUUUCGUUACAGCCCAUCGGCACUUUCAUCAUUGGCCCGAAGUCUGUGAUCUGACCUGGAGGUCAUUGAAAGUUCCGAUUUCGCAACACCAGUCACAGACCAUAUCAUCGUCUUUGACGUUGGCACAAUCUAACAACAGGGGAUGCACCGGAAACCUAUCCUCUACCCAGAACGAUACCCUUUUUGGAAAGUGUUCUCAAGGAACGCAGAAUGAUUUGUCUCAGUCGAUCCUUCCGGAAACUGUGAUAUCCGUGUCGAAUGACCAAGAGAAUGCUAACUUCAAGACAACAUCGAAAUCGUCCAAGGCUGCUGUGAAACUGCUGCCACUUAUCACCAACCACUUUCCUUCUUUCGUUGAGCCAAAUCGGCGAAAGCAAACGAGUUUGUCCGAUGUGCUCCGUCAUCCUUCUUUGUUGUAUCAACCGGUGGAAGGAGUGACUCUCUGCUACUUUCACGUGGUUCAGCAUUUCCGACAGAACAGCAGUUUUGUAAGAGCAUUCAAAGAUAGGAUGUUCGCUGCAAAAGAUGACCCGUUCUCUACAAAAGAAGCCACGAGAAAGAAACUGAAGAGCAACAACAAGGAAGUCAAGGAACAGGCCUCGACAUCCAUGUUCCCAAGGGCAUAUCACAUGGUUCAGUGGAUCCAUCGCUGUCGAACAGAACAGCAGAAGACUGCGAUUUCUUACUUGAUAUUGCUGAAUUGGAUUGUAUGUGGCGAGUCAUCUGCUGCCGAUUUAUUCUAUCGCUCCUACUGUAGUUCUCCCUACAACUGUUGGAAUUAUGCAACAACUGCCCAAGCAACUGUGCCAUGGAAAGCAACAUGCAUCAUCGAAUCAAGAAAGGAGCACGCCAUGCCAUCCGAGCCAAUGUGUCAACAGAAGGAUACAUAA